AUGCCGCUCCUCUCCUCGGACCUAGGCGACGUGUCGAAAAAGAGGAAACCCAUCAAGUCGGCUUAUGAAAGUGCCACUUUUGACCAUGACAUGACCAUUCAUGUCGAUGGCAAGGUUGGUUCCGCAACGAUUUCACCUUGCGGACGGGAUGUCGCUCUUGCGUCCCCUGAUGGCCUUGCUAUCAUUGACCUAGACGACCCGUAUAAUCCUCCCCGUCGCUUGAGAAGCCAUGGCCUUCCUUGGCUCGUUGUAGAUGUGCAAUGGUCUCCUUUUUCUGCCCGCGACUACUGGGUCGUAUCAACAGCGAAUCAUCGCGCCCUCGUCUGGAAUCUCAAUCUCAGGGAUGACUCGCCCUCAGGCGCUAUUGAGCACUCUCUCAGAGGACACAACCGAGCCAUCACAGAUGUCAACUUCUCCGCACAUCAUCCAGACUUCCUCGCUACUUGCUCAGUCGACGGCUACGUGCACUGCUGGGAUCUACGGCGACCUAGACAACCAGUCGUUACCUUCUGUGACUGGUUUUCGGGUGCAACGCAAGUUAAGUAUAAUCGCCAGGACCCUCAUAUCCUGGCAUCGUCACAUGAUAGAUGGCUUCACAUCUGGGAUGAGCGACGGCCUAGCGAGCCGCUGCGGUCUAUCUACGCCCAUAACUCCAAGAUUUACGGCAUUGAUUGGAACCGAGUCCAGCGAAAUGCUGUCGUUACGUGUUCGCUAGACAAGAGUAUCAAGUACUGGGAUUAUAGUCGACACGACGACGUUCCGGAGCGGGUAAUCAGGACGGACUUUCCGAUAUGGAGAGCACGGCACACGCCAUUCGGCAACGGCCUCCUUGCUAUGCCGCAGACCGAGCCCGGGGACCUAUAUCUCUAUCACAACAAACGGCCCGCGGAAGCCCCUCUCGACGGCAGAGCUGAGCCCGCCGCCGUAUUCCCCGGCCAUGGCAACCACAAGGUUAAGGAAUUCCUAUGGAGAAGCCGUGGAGGAGUCAGUGAUGAGGGCCGCGAUGAGCGCGAAUUCCAGCUCGUGUCCUGGGGAGCUGACAACCAGCUUCGACUCCAAAGCAUCGACGCUAGUACAUUCAGAUCUGUCGGCUACGUCAAGGGUGCCCCGGUUCAAGAAAAACUCAACAUCACUCGUAAAGGCGCUGCGUACAAGACUUUUCGGUCAGUUGGGGGAGAAGGCCACCGCGACCGGAGGGACGCGACGAUGAGUGACUUGAAGCCCUCUACCACGACCAGCAAAAAUUACCAGAGCGCUCUUACUAUGGGUAUGAGGACGAUGCCCAUCAACCGACAUAGGAUAGGUGCCUCGUGGAGGGGAACGUCAAUGACGGCCAAAUCAUCCAAUACGAGGGACCUCAAAGGCAGCCUUGCACAAAUUGGCUGGAUGAAGGGUGUCACUAUGACCAAACGGAAGCCUUCCGGUGAGGAUUCCCAAGGGAACCAACAGGGUGCUAAAGACCCGUCCUCCCUAUUUGGCCAUGGCUAUCUUAAUGAUGAGUGGGGAGAACCUGAGACAAUCCAGGAAGAGGUGCUUCGCAUAAGCCAGCAAUUACCGAAAGUGAAAUGGGAGUCGAUUAACAUGGAGACUUUAACACUCGAGGCAUCCCUGAACGGACCCUGGGGUGUGGGCGGAGCGUCCAUCUUCUUCAAAGUUAAAGUUGAUAUCCCAUCCAAUUACCCAAAAUCCAGGGCGCCGAAGUUUACUAUCGAGAAGACGUCGCUUAUGCCCCCCGCAACUCACAAACGGGUCGAAAGCGAUAUAUCUAAACUCGUGCAAAGAUUUCUGGAGAAGAAGCCAAAUUGCCUGGAUGUGGCAUUUUCUUACCUGCUUGGAGAUAUUGACCUCGAAUCCAGCACGUCAUUCUUCAAGAAUGUGAAAGAUCUGGAAGACGGCCUGGACGGGCUUGCGGAUGAAAGUUCCAGCGAGGAUGAAGACAAUGACAUUCCCGCAGGCGGCUCGGCUUCCAUGUCCCAAGAGUUGACAUCUAGCGUCGUAGCCGAGAAUUCACUUGCUCCGACAACGCGAAUGCCCAUGCCGCCACCUCCUCGUGUGUGCGGUGCUCGCUUCUCCCAUGAUGGGCGUCUUGUAUGUUUCUUCCCUACCAAAGAGGAGAAGAUGAAACUUCUCUUCGCGCCACUGGACCCCGCAGCCGCUGUCGCCAGGGAUAGACCCAAGGACGAACCUGUGUUUCCCGGGUUUGGCAGACUUAUCCAGGAAUCUCCACUCCGGCACCGCUAUGCACAAGAGGAUACGUCAGCCACAGAGGACCAAUCCGAAUCGGAUGACUUGGCAAGCUCGUCGACUUCUUCGAGCGACUCUGAGUCUACCUCGAUGCACAAGUCCGGUCUCUGGUAUCACCCCGGCCGUUCUCUACGCAAAACCUGGAGUGAAAGCCGAUCCAUUCGUUCUAGCGGCGGAGGAACUGGCGUCGGGACAGGAACCGGAACCGGGGCUAGCAGAAAGCGUCUGAGCCGGCCCAAAAGUAUUAUUUCCGUCCAUGACCUCCGUGGUGACCUACCUUCCAAGAAGGAGUUUGCACAGGAGUACCUUAUUUUCGGAGACGGUGCCAAGGUGUGCAGCCAUAAUGCCAAGGUAGCUGAAAAGUACGGCCGCCAUGACUUGGUUGAUAUCUGGAAAUACGCAGCUCUCCUGUUGAGGAAAGGAAUUCCGCUUGACCUCAUACAUCAGGAAACUAGUCACGAGUCUGUUCUCGUUAUCGCACGCGACGUUAUGACGAGGCUUCACGAGAUGGAGGAUGAAGACUCGGAGUAUUCAACAUCGCCUGACAGCGGGAGCGGGUUGGUCGGCCGAGUGAAAUGGGGCUCUCACCCUCUCGCCCUGGCUUUCGUCAAGGACUUGUUUGCCUAUUUUGAGCAACAGGCCGACGUUCAGAUGCUAGCUAUGCUGUCGUGCAUUUUUAGCGAGGCGUCCACUCAAGAUUCGGUGGCCUACAUUGAUUCUCAUAUUACCCAACCCGAAACGCCUCUCCCAUUAAAGGCGCCGUCAUUUUCGCUAGAUUAUUUCCCUGCAGAUGCAGGCUCCUUCCAUGUUCUGCCACACGGGCCACACGGUCAUGGGCACGGUCAUGGUCGCAGCCAGACCAGCUCGGCCAUUCACACACCGAAAACCAUACACACUCCGGUCCGCUAUUCCGGCUCCCAAAUAUCAGACGACGGACUUUGGGCCGGCGAUCCCGGGUCCAACUCUUACUCAUGUGGAGAAACGCCGCCAACGAAAGGCGCGCGGGACUACUUGGGGGACGUAGAUCAAACGCAGAGCCUCUCGUCGUCGCCCAACACUCGGCCGUUCAAGAGAAUGAAUUCAGCCCUGGCGUCGAGCAUCGCCGCCAACUUUUCUCGUCCAUUCGCGAACUCGACGUCUUCGUCGCCACCAAGUCAAGUACGGAAACGGCCUAGCCCGGCGGAAGCGAUCCUGGGCAACCUCGCGCCUGCCGGCAUCGGAGGAAUUACUUGGGGCGGCUCAACGCUCCUGGGAGAUUCAGGCGGAACGGCGAGGACGUCCAUGUCCGAUGAUGACUUUAGGGAGGAGCUGCUUCCCUUGGUUCCCAUCCAAGUCGCCAUAGCGGUAGAGGAUCAGGCCAUGUUCGACGACGAUGGAUGGCUCGUUGUGCCGUUGCUGGACCCCACGGAAAGUGCGAUGCACGCGUGCUACCGCUAUGCGUACGCCGAGAUGCUGCACAUGUGGGAGCUGCCUCUGGCACGGCUGGAGGUCAUGAAGUUUAACUUUUUGAAGGGGGGCAAUGCCACCCUUCACAACAGCAGCAGCAGCAACUUGGAUGGCGGUAGCCACGCGUCCUUUAUUACCGCUGUUGAGGUCACCGCCGCAUCGCCCAGUACGCACGUUCACCCGCCGUCGCCUAUAAUGCUAGGUAAGAAGGAGCAGCUCCAUGCCCUCAUAGCUUCGGGCCGCGGACUAGACGUUACCGGCGUAUGCCGGAUCCACGAAACUCAAUUGGAGCCUCUCGAAUACACGUCGUCCACAGAGCCGCACGUCGGCGGCGCUGUGGGCACGUGCGAUCGAUGCCGCCGCCAGCAGAAGCAGCUGCGUUGCGUCUACUGCCUCGAGCCCGUGGACGCGCUCUACCCUCCUUGCCUCUCGUGCGGGUGCGCUAGCCACGAGACGUGUCUGGCGGAGUGGCACGCCGCGGGCGAAGUUAUGUGUCCAGCAGGCGACGAGUGCAACUGCGUCGAGGAGGCGUCGCAUGGGCAGGUGGAAACGUGGGCGGCCAUGAUGGGGGCUAUCGGGAGGCACAAGAAGCGGAGGAGCUCGGCGCUCACCGCGAUUGGCACCAUGGUCCCGCCUCCCGGCGACGCCGAGCACAGCGACGGGGAGGAUGGUAGACCGAGCGGUGGCGGGAGUAGCUCCGGGUGGGAGAAUGUGGGUUCGGCGGCGGGGAUACCGUCGCGGCCGCAUGGUAGCGUGACGUCGCCGGCUAAGAUUAGCCUGGGGAAUAGGCUGAAGAAGUCCGCGGGCGAUUGGGGCCGCGGGUCACAUUUGCGGAAGAAUGGAAGUGGGCAAGGCCGAGGCGGCAAUGGGGGCAGUGGGGGCGGAGGGGGCGGAAGCAAUCCGAAGAGGAAAGGGGCAUGA